UUGAGUGCAUUAAUGCGCGGAAACUGUUCCAUCGCGAUGCAUCUGAGUCAACUACUUGCCGGACUGAUUGUGCUUAUUGCUAUAAUGGGUCUAGGACUUGCUUCGGAUGUGGAUGAUAAAACCGUAUAUCCGUGGCAAAAACAGCUCUCAACGCACAAGAUGCCAUAUAAAGUCUCUGGAGAUAUUUAG